AUGAUCAGUUCAGCACUGAGUGCUUUGUUUAUGAUAGUGCUGCCAUUCUGCGCAUCGACAACCUACGAUGGACCGUGCAUGGAUAUGAAAUCGUACAAAGAAUCAGCUGGAAAAGUAGAGGAUGCAAGAAUUGGAUGUAUCUCGUUCGAAUACAGAUCCGACGAUGCAAAAGGGUUUUGCAAGAAGUAUGAUGUACGCAAGCUUGGUGUGGCGGAUAUGCAAAAGUUCGUGAGUAGUGGCUACGAAGGAAACUGCUUCAUGGAAGCUGACAAAGUCUAUUGCAUGUGUUCCGGAUGCCAUACAAACGACAUAGUAAAGCUUCUACGAGCUACAAAAUCUACUAAGAAAAUAGCGGACGAAGUUGAAGCCUGUAAAAAGCUAACGACAAAACCACCAGAUCGUCCAACCACGGAGAAAAUAAAUAAAAUUAGUACUGAACAGGGGUUUUAUCUGGAUGAAACAGAAUCGACACCAGAAGAGACAUCGAUUCCCACACUCAGACGGACAAGGACGACGACCGCAGCGACUACGACAACUCUUGACUAUGAAAUUCCAGACAAGCCAGAUGUUAAACCUAGUCCCGAAAUGUUGAAAUAUCACUGUGCGCUCAUAGAGAAUUUCUUCCCACCAUACCAUAACUACAUACCAGAAGUGGAAAAAAAGGUUACGCAAGCAGAUGAACGAAUGGGAACAUCGAACACUCCUAGCAUCAUUUAUAGUUCUAGAAAGCAGGAAGAACUAUAUGGAACCAACACUCUACUGCUGUUGAUUGUGAACCUUAUAGCUUUGCUUGGCAUUGUCAUCAUAUUCAGAGCGGUUCUCAAUGCUACGCUUCAUCUGCUUUUCCCUGACUAUGGACUUAGUUAAGUAUGUUGUUGUAAAAAUUAUGAAAAAUGAUCUAUCGCUGUAAUAUACUAGGUGAUACUUGGAAUAUGAACGUUGU